AUCCCUUUACCACAGCUAUUUCAACGGCACCAUCCCAGCAACCAUUGGCAAUCUCAAAAACCUCACCCUCCUGGACCUAAGUAAGAAUAAGUUCUUCGGGACCAUCCCCAAAUCACUUGGGAGCCUCACAAACCUGGCAAGCUUGGGCUUGGACGACAACGAAUUGAGUUUCACCAUCCCAACCACCUUGUCGCGACUCACCCGUCUCUCUGCUCUGGACCUCAGUUACAAUCGGCUUUCAGGGCCCAUUCCCUCUGUACUCGCACACCUCACCAACCUGAGCAGACUGAGUGUGAAGCGCAACAGGCUGGCAGGAACAAUCCCUACCUCCUUGGCCAGGCUCACCCGCCUCGCUUCCCUGGAUCUCGAUGUAAGUUAUAACGAGCUGGCGGGGAGUGUGCCGUCGCUGCACCUCAUGAACUCUCUGUGGCACGUCGGUGCGGACCACAACUACCUCACAGGCAUUGCAGGCACCUCUCUUGCCGACAUCCACCUGCUGUGCGACAAGUUCCGCCUCUCUCUGGGAUCCAACUGCCUGGGCAGCAACACAGUCCUGUGUGGCAGCACCCAGACACAGAAGACCAAAUACGAGUGCGAUUCCCUCUGUUGGAGCUAUCUGGGCACCCCUUAUUGCAGCGGCCAUGGCGUUUGCUACAUAGAUCAUGACAAGAUUGGUCCGCAGUGUGCAUGCUAUGAAGGGUACACGGCAGGCACAGCUGCUGCUACAUGCAUCCCUCUAAGCCAGACAUGA